CAUCAUGUGAGGCAAAAAUCAGGAGAUUCACGCAGUUCUACAGUGCUUGCAUGAAGUUACAGAACAAGGAACCUGUUAAACUUAAGAGCCCAUCCUAAGUUUUUUUCCUAAAUUUUCAGUAAAAAAUACUAAACUAAAAGUGCAGGAAAAAUGGCUCUGGCAACAGUCCGAAGAAUCUUAAUAAGUGAUACUGUUGAUCCUUGUUGCAAGCAGAUUUUGCAAGAAAAUGGCAUUGAUGUUACGGAGAAACAAAAUCUGAGCAAAGAUGAACUGAUUGCUGAAGUCAAGGGCUAUGAGGGACUUAUAGUUCGUUCUGCCACCAAGGUCACUGCUGAUGUCAUCGAUGCUGCUGAAAACUUGAAGAUCAUAGGCAGGGCAGGGACCGGUGUAGAUAAUGUGGAUGUGGAGGCAGCAACAAAGAAAGGCAUUAUUGUCAUGAAUACUCCCAGUGGCAAUACCACCAGUGCUGCCGAGCUGACAUGUGGAAUGAUCGUAAGUCUAUCCAGGCAAAUCCCACAAGCUGUUAUGUCGAUGAAAGCUGGAAACUGGGACCGUAAAAAGUUCAUGGGGGCAGAGCUAUAUGGCAAAACCCUUGGAAUUGUGGGUCUUGGGAGAAUUGGAAAGGAAGUAGCUAUUCGAAUGCAGUCUUUUGGAAUGAAGACUGUAGGCUAUGAUCCUAUAAUUCCUCCUGAAGUCACUGCCACAUUUGGAGUUGAACAGAUGUCCCUUGAGAGACUGUGGCCACUUUGUGAUUAUAUCACUGUUCACACACCUUUAAUGCCUUCUACGACAGGGUUGUUAAAUGAUGAAAGUUUUGCCAGAUGUAGAAAGGGAGUAAAGGUUAUUAAUUGUGCCCGCGGAGGCAUUAUAGACGAGGCCGCUCUACUGCGAGCUCUGGAGUCUGGGCAGUGUGGCGGAGCAGGACUGGACGUGUUUAUUGACGAACCCCCCAAGGAUUGGUCGCUUGUAAACCACCCUGGUGUGGUCAGCUGCCCUCAUCUCGGGGCCAACACCAAGGAGGCCCAAAUUCGUUGCGGGAGAGACAUCGCAACGCAGAUUGUUGAAAUGGUGCAGGGCAAAUCCUUAAUUGGGGCUGUGAAUGCACAGGUCCUUACAGCUGCUAUAGCUCCUGAAUCUAGGCCUUGGAUUAAGCUGGGAGAAGCACUGGGUUCAGUGGCCAAAGCUUGUGCUGGACAAGUGAAAAGUCAAGUUCAGAUUACAACAUUGGGACAAUCCCUAAAGAAUGCGGCUGGCUAUAUGAGCGCUGCAGUGGUCGUCGGACUGCUUAAGGAUGGCUCAAAGAAUGCUGUUAACCUUGUGAAUGCACUACCCCUGGCAAAGGAAGCUGGAGUAACUGUAUGUUGUGUGUCUUUCAAAUCUUUCCUGAACAAGAUUGCCAGUCACCAGAGUGAUGCAGCACCGAUAUUGGCUCAAAGUGCAUGUGAAGUAGAAAUAUGUGCAAACGGUGUCUCUCACAAAGUGGUGGGGUCAGUUCAAGGAGAUGUUCCUGUCCUAUUGGAGCUCAAUGGAGGGCUUUUCAGACAGCCAGUCCCUCUCGCUGGCAACCUGAUAUUUUUUAAGGCCUUGGCAAACCCUCAGCUUGUGUCUUCUGUUGCAGGUGUGCUAGCGGCUGCUGGUCUUCAGAUGGAGUCGUUUAGCACCUCUGCAGCAAUUGCAGGAGAGCAGUGGUGCAGUGUGGGGGUUUCUUCAUUAUUAGGAGACCUGAACACAUUGAAAGUGCAUGUAAAAGAAGCACUGCAGCUGUUCUUGUAGAUUCCAAUGAUGACUUUCACAUCAUUCCAUAGGUGUCCUUAAUGUUCCGUGUCACGUUAAUAUUGCUGUUUGAUUGACAGAUUAAUUGGUUUGGUUAAUAAUUCAAUGUGCAUUAACCGUGGCUUUCAAAAACACUUUCACUUAGAGCUUUGUUUUAGUUUUCCAGGCUUUAUUUUUACUUUGACUUGGGUCAGUUUUUAGGGUUGUCAUUCAAAAUAACUGCCUUGAAUUUUUAAAUUUUCGUCAUCUUCCCAAGACUUUUGUCCUAGACCCCAAGCCUCCUGUAAACCUUUCGAAUUGCAUUUGGGUAUAACCUGGUAGUCUGUUGAUUUUAUUUACAGAUUUUACACUGGUUCCAGCUACGUCGCUAUACAUUUCUGUCUUAUCUCAUUGGAAGCUAUGUGUGGUCAGGUGGUGUGAGUAAAUAUAAACUGGCAUGUCUGUCUAAAGACACCAAGUUUACAAGCUGGCCGCAGCAAUAUUUAGAUCUGCUGUUUUGAUCAUUGAAAUAGACACCAUAGAAGUGGCAGGAGAAAGGACUUCACCCGAGACAAAGUGAAAAUGAUAUAUGAAAAACAAAAAGAUAUAACAACACAAUAAAAAUUGCAUUUUACAUAGCGUUGCUAUGACUACCAGUGUUAAGUGUUUGAAGAGUAAAUGUAUUAUGUUAAGAGUUAAUACCAAAAUAUUAAUAAAAUUAGUUUAGCAUUACUUCAGUUGUGUUCAGAUUUUUUCCCAGACUGCAUUCAAAACAGACUUUUCAGAUUAACGCCAUUCAGACUUGAGAAUACUGCUGUCACAUUCCAGCGGUUCAUUUGUUUCGUACCUGGAUAAUUCAGAUGUGAAAACUUGUUUCAUCUACUCUAUCAACACCAUUACAUUCCUUUUAAAUCAGAAAAAAAACACAUUGAAAUGCUGUUUAAAAAGUUUGAGGGUAGUUUAAUAAUAAAACUUUUCAAAGGAAAUAGAGUAGACCCAUGAAGUUUACCACUAUACAAAAGCACUGUCAAUGUCAACAGAUAUCAAAGAGGAUCAAAUGCUUAUUGGAAUGAUGAGUGGGUGGAUUGAUAAAUAACCAUUUUUGAAUAGUUGUGAACACCCUUAAAUAGUUUGAGGAAGAAAGGAGUGUAAAAAUGCAUCUGUAACAUCUACCUAGGGGUAAUUUGUGUAAGCAUAUUGAUUAUGUUAUUACCAUUUGUAAUGCACUGAACACCACCAGUGACUAACGGAUCCAUUGCUAUUUGUCUUGACAUGACAAAGAAGGAACAUGUGGAGCUGCAUAGAAACCCUUUCAGAAUUUCAUUAAGAAAAUGUCAAAUAAAAAUAACAUUCUUGAUGCACUGUAAUUAAUGUAAUUUUUAAUACAUUUGGUAUCUUAACAGAAAA